AUGGGGAAUACACAGGGGAAACCGGUGUGCUCCACCGACGAGGUGAACCUGAAUCAAUUCCGGCUGUUACGAGUCGUGGGAAAAGGCGCAUUUGGGAAAGUUCGAAUCGUGGAGAAGAAAGAUACGGGACUGACAUUUGCCCUCAAAUACAUUCGGAAAGAAGAAGGUAUUAUUCAUCGGGAUGUGAAACCAGACAAUGUACUGCUGGAUUCGGAGGGACAUGUGCAUUUGGCGGAUUUUAACGUGGCCUCGGACUUCCGACCUGGAAAACCUCUGACGAGUAAAUCUGGCACCCUGGCGUACCUGGCCCCCGAGGUCUACGAGGGAGGAGGCUAUUACUGUGAAGUCGAUUGGUGGUCACUCGGGGUCACAUUCUAUGAAUGUAUCUAUAAUAAGCGACCGUUUGAAGGCCGCAGUCAGGACACGCUGAGUGAGAACAUUAAGAAAGCGCAGCCGAAAUACUUCGUCACCAACCCUGCGGUCUCAGUUCCCUGCCUGCGGGCAAUGGCGUCAUUUAUGGAGAAGGACCGAAGCAAACGUAUCGGCGCAAUUAGUUUCGAAAGUUUCACUAGCCAUCCUUUCUUUGCCGAAAUAGACUUCGUGGCUCUGGAGCGUAAGGAGAUUCCGCCCGUCUUUACACCUUCGAGUGACAAGACCAACUUUGAUGCUACAUAUGACCUGGAAGAGUUACUACUGGAAGAGGCGCCGCUCGAAGCUAGAGCCCGCAGACAGAAGCCGAGGGCCGAGUUAAGAGAGGAUGCGACGGCAAAAGAGAUCAGGGAGGACGAACUUCACCGACUUAUCGAGACGAUGUUUGAGCCGUUUGAUUAUACCACUGUGAAUUUUCGAGCGAAUGCCGCCGAAGUGAUUGCAGCAACAACGAACCCGGAAGACUGUCUCCCCGCCGACUCCACGCAUUCACGGCAAUAUUCGCAGCAUGAUUCGAGGAAUGAUGGCUCCGUGGGCCGCUUGACCCAGACAGAGACUCCGUCUCCCGCUGGGGGCACUCCAGAGCCUCAAGAUCCAACGUCGGCUUCCAAUAAGACCCCCAUGUUUCCUACUACCCAACCGAUGCAGGCUCCGCCACCCCCGCCGACGGCUCCAUCCUUUUCUCGUCCUCUCCCACCGCCGAGCCGCACCAGAGGAGCAACACGGAAGACCAGUAAGGGCGGAGGAGUUCAGAUGGUGCUGGAAGAGGCUGGAAGCUGGAGCGAGCUUGCGGAUCAUAGCAGCACGCUCCCAGCUGAGGGUUACGAUACUGCAACAGCCAAGGGGAAAUCCUCGAACAGUGGCAUGCUGGCUUUCUUAAGUCGGAAGAAGGGUCGGGACAGGAGUCCAAAGCCCCAAGAACCUGGUGUUCUGGGCAAAGAAGGUGCCCGUCAAAUCAUAAGCGGAUAA